CUGAAACUGGCCAAGAAUGCCACAUUAGCAUGGGCCGGCUCAAGUAACACUAACACCAGUAACGAUGUAUUCAAGCGCGACGCCGCUACUGUGCUUUCUCAAGCAGACUUCAGUUUCCGCUACCCAACGGUGCCGCUGGACCAUUCAAACUUCGUGUCUGAUAUUGCUUGCUCAGGCGGGAAGCUCACUGGCAAGCUUUCCGAAAAGGCCUACACGUACGCCAAGAAGCAGUGGACAGGAGCCGGCCAAGUGGUCUUUAUUACCUCUGUGGACGGUUGCGGCCGUGAUGCUGAGAAUGACUACUUUCUGGCCAAGACUAUCGCGUUCUCCGACAAGGCGAAGACUUUCACUGCCCAGGGCUCAGACGCCGGGUACAAGGAUGUUGGUGUCCGCUUCAAGCUGUCCUGGGGUGACAUUGGUGCAUUGCCGCUCAAGCGAGCCUUGAACAAAAGAGAGGUAAGGUCCAGAUCGAGCACUUUGGAUGUCAGCUUCGAGUUCAGUCAGUAUCUGGACAGAUACCUCGGCGUAGCCUGUGAUGCGCCAUGGGACCACGCCGUACAACUUGCAAAGUUCGGCAAGGAAGAUAAGGCUUGGCAGAAAGGCGAGCUGAAGAAGCCUACGUCCAAGAUUACAGGCCCUGGAGCUUCGAAGGGCAAAAUGACCGGCGGCGUAGACUACGGUAUGGGGCUCUACUGUGUCGAAUGUGGUUUCGGCGGUGGCGCGACCAUCUACGGAACAAUGGAUGUGAGCAUCCUCUCCUUUAGCGUGGAUACGCUCGAGGCAGGCUUCAACAUGCAUCUUAUCGUUGGACUCAAUCUUGGUAUGGAGGCGUGUGUCCAGUAUGAGAAGAUUUACACCAAGGAAUUGGCCCGCAUCAACCUGGCUGGAUGGAAGAUUCCCCUUCUUGCCGACAUUGGACCCUUCAUCAGUCUAAGUGCUCAGGCUGGCAUGAAGGUGAAGGCGACAGGCUCACUAUUAGUUGUUUCGCAGAAAAAGGUGAACCUCAACUUCCUCGACUCAAGCCGAAGCUAUAGCAGAGGCUGGACGCCCAGAUGGGACUCGGAGUUAAACAUUCUCUCCGGUGUCUGGGAAGCUGACGCCUCCAUCGUGGAUACGCCACAGAUGGUCGCCGAAGGCAAAUUCGUCACCUCGGCCGCCAUCAGCAAAGACGGCAAAGCUGUACCCGACUUCAACGGCGGCUGCUAUGGCAUCGCCUGGAACAUCCACUUCGAGAACACUCUGCAAGCUGUGUUCCAAGGGGAAUAUAUCGGCUCCAAGGUCUUUGAUCUCAUCAAGCCCUAUGAGAGCGACCCCAUCGCACAGGGAUGCAUCGGAUACCAGGAUUCGGGCAUCGAUGAUGGUCUUCCAAAAGUCGAGCCCAAGGAUCAAGGACAGGGCACAGGUCUGGGAGGCAAUGGCUUGAAUAGCGGCGGCUCCGGUCUCUCAGGCGGAGGUUCCAGCGGUAGCAAAGGUGCAGCAAAAGGAGCAACAACAACAAGUGCAGCACCGGUUCCAACAGGAGUCCUAGGGAGCCCUCGACCGAAGUGCACACCAGGUCAAGUGCUCGAUAACCCCUCGAAACCAGGCAGUGCGAUAUGUUCGAGGUACGUCACCUCGUCUGAGCUGGCUUGGAGCAACCGGCCGAAGAUCUACCAAGACUACGACUCGCCAAGUGCGGCUGCAUGCGGUGCGGAUUGCUUGGGCGUGAAAGGCUGCGUUGCCUACGGUUAUACCAGUAAGGGAAAAUGCGCACUAUUGAACAAGUUAACAAGGGAGAUUGCAACGGUCGGGUCGAGAGGUUCACCCGAUUGGCAGUUCUGGGAUGCGUCUUGCAUCAAGAUUAGUACUUGUCCAUAG